GGCCGCCGCGGCCCUGGGGAUGGGCGGAGCCGCAGCCGCUAGUGCUGGUGGCCGCCGCCGCUGCCGGAGCCCGAGUGGCCCCCUCUGCUCCCGCGCGUCGCUGCUUGCCACAGCGGCGGUAUGCUGGGGAAAGGGGUAGUGGGCGGUGGCGGCGGCACCAAGGCGCCCAAGCCCUCCUUCGUGUCGUACGUACGCCCCGAGGAAAUUCACACAAAUGAAAAGGAAGUAACAGAGAAGGAAGUAACUCUUCACUUGUUGCCAGGUGAACAGCUGCUUUGUGAAGCAAGCACAGUACUGAAGUAUGUCCAGGAAGAUUCCUGUCAGCGUGGGAUCUACGGGAAACUUGUCUGCACAGACUUCAAGAUUGCUUUCUUGGGCGACGACGAAUCUGCUUUGGAUGAUGAUGAAACCCAGUUUAAGAAUAAGGUUAUAGGAGAAAAUGACAUUACACUCCACUGUGUUGAUCAGAUUUAUGGAGUGUUUGAUGAGAAAAAAAAAACUCUCUUUGGACAACUGAAGAAAUACCCUGAGAAACUCAUCAUCCACUGCAAAGACCUCCGCGUGUUCCACUUUUGUCUGAGGUACACAAAAGAAGAGGAAGUCAAAAGGAUUGUGAGUGGCAUAAUUCAUCAUACCCAGGCUCCUAAACUGCUUAAACGAUUGUUUCUGUUUUCCUAUGCAACUGCAUCCCAAAACAAUACAGCCACUCAUCCCAGGAGCCAUACUGUGAUGUUUGACACACUUAAGGACUGGUGUUGGGAACUGGAGCGGACCAAAGGCAACAUGAAGUACAAAGCAGUGAGUGUCAAUGAAGGCUAUCGGGUCUGUGAAAGGUUGCCAGCAUACUUUGUUGUCCCCACCCCUCUUCCUGAAGAGGACAUACCACGCUUUCAGGGUCAUGGCAUACCAAUAUGGUGUUGGUCCUGCCACAAUGGAUGUGCCCUUUUGAAAAUGUCAGCACUGCCCAAAGAACAGGAUGACGGCGUUUUACAAAUCCAAAAGAGCUUCUUGGAUGGAAUUUACAAGACCAUCCACAGGCCACCCUAUGAGAUUGUUAAAACUGAAGACCUGUCAAGCAACUUCCUAUCCCUGCAGGACAUCCAGACUGCAUACUCUAAAUUUAAGCAGCUAUUUCUGAUAGAUAAUAGUACCGAAUUUUGGGACACAGAUAUAAAAUGGUUUUCUCUGUUGGAAAGUAGCAGCUGGCUUGACGUAAUCAGACGUUGCCUGAAAAAAGCAAUAGAGAUUACAGAAUGUCUAGAAGCACAAAACGUGAACGUUCUUCUUUUAGAGGAGAACGCUUCCGACCUCUGCUGCCUCAUUUCCUCUCUGGUGCAAGUGAUGAUGGACCCCCACUGUAGAACCAGGGUUGGUUUCCAGAGCCUCAUCCAAAAGGAGUGGAUCAUGGGCGGGCACUGUUUCCUGGAUCGCUGCAACCAUCUCCGUCAGAGUGACAAGGAGGAGGUUCCUGUGUUCCUGCUUUUCUUAGACUGUGUCUGGCAGCUGGUGCACCAGCACCCCCUAGCAUUUGAAUUCACGGAGACCUACCUGACUGUUUUGUCAGAUAGCCUGUACAUACCUAUUUUUAGCACCUUCUUCUUCAAUUCGCCUCAUCAAAAAGAUACUAACCUGGGUACGGAAAGCCAGGAUACACAAAGCAAGCCUUUGAAUCUGCUCACCGUGUGGGACUGGUCUGUACAGUUUGAACCGAAAGCCCAGACAUUGCUCAAAAACCCCCUUUAUGUGGAAAAGCCAAAACUGGAGAAAGGCCAGCGGAAAGGAAUGCGUUUCAAACAUCAGCGACAACUUUCUUUGCCACUUACCCAAUCUAAAUCAUCUCCCAAAAGAGGAUUUUUCAGGGAAGAAACAGAUCACUUAAUUAAAAACCUUCUGGGCAAGAGAAUUAGUAAACUAAUUAAUUCUUCUGAUGAGCUGCAAGACAACUUUCGAGAGUUCUAUGACAGCUGGCAUAGCAAGCCCACUGACUACCACGGUCUGUUGUUGCCUCAUAUCGAGGGGCCGGAAAUCAAAGUCUGGGCCCAGCGCUACUUGCGUUGGAUUCCAGAAGCCCAAAUCUUGGGAGGUGGCAGAGUGGCCACCGUGAGCAAACUCUUGGAAAUGAUGGAGGAAGUACAGAGUUUACAAGAGAAAAUCGACAAGCGACAUCACAGCCAGGAGGCCCCCCAGGCGGAGGCCCCCUCCUUGCUGCGGACCUCUGCCCGCCUGUCCUCUCUGUUUCCUUUCGCUUUGCUGCAGCGACAUUCCUCCAAGCCGGUCUUGCCCACGAGCGGCUGGAAAGCUUUGGGAGACGAAGAAGAUUUGGCCAAACGCGAAGAUGAGUCUGUGGAUCUGGGGGACGUGUGACUCGUCUGUUCAGUGAUUGUGAGAGAGGAAUGCUGAAGAUUGGGACGGGAGUCAACCCCGUUUGAUCUCUGGAUUGGUGUGUUCCGCUGAAGCUCACUGCUGGGAGGGAGGGGCCU